GCUGAAUCAUUCUCCGCGACCCGCGAACACUCCGAUUUCGACUGUUGCGACGGUUUUUUUUCCUUCUGGAAGAUAAGAUAACUCCUGAAAGUGAUCACAAGAACUGCAAUUCGCAAUUUUAUUCAUUAACUUUCAUCAGUUGCCGUUUGCAACACAUCAUCAUCACCGAUUUGGUAUUUCCUAUCACCAGAUCAUGGCCGGAGUUUAUCCGAGUCUCCAUGACAAAUUCAGGAGUGAGAAUGUCUGUCCAAUCUGCAUGAUGGAGAUGACAGGCACACCCAAGUUCUCCUGUGGACAGCAUCAUAUUCUGUGUCACAGGUGUAAGCCAUAUUAUCACUCGUGCCCAACUUGCCAAUCUCCUUUGAGCCCAGAAAUUCCACCUCGAGAGGUGGACGGAGGGUACUAUAUGCCACCGUCUGAACAGUACAUGCCACACCCAUAUCCACCUUAUCCAUCUGGUCCUGCCGCAAGUGCACCAUUCCUGGACCACGAGAGCCACUACCCUCCACCUUCUGUUGAACACCAUGAGCUCCAGGCCUGUCAGUACAAGCACCUGGGCUGCUACGCCCGUGUCCCAGAGCGUCUCCGUUCGAUCCACGAGACAAGAUGUCAAUUUCGUCCGAACCUGGAAUGCGAUCAUCUGCCAACUGACCUCAACGUCGACGAGGGAACCCUCGAGGAUUGCAAGUACCACAUUGCGGGAUGCAACGUGCGACUCCCAGUCUGGAGGAAGCUCGUCCACGAGAAGCUUUGCAUCUACCAAGAUAAAAUGGAAGAACUGGAGGGACUUCACGAUCAGCUGCAAGACCUGAACGUCGAGGACGAUUAUGGCGACCCGGAGGAAUUGGUUGAGUGCAGGUUCAGCAGAUACGGCUGUCAGGUCCAGAUGCCGCGGAGGAGGAAGCACAUCCAUGAGAGGAAGUGCAACCACGGAAGAGAUCACGAUGACUCGGACGAUGAGGGAUCCAUUCACAUUCGAGAGCCUGAAGGGGAUCCCGAUGAGAAAUUGCCCUGUCGGUGGGCGGAAUUUGGCUGCCAGGUGGAGCCCAGAAGGUGCAGGAAGGAUACUCAUGAGGAGAAGUGCAAUUACAGGAGGGAGCACUGUAGAUUCGAGCAUUAUGGGUGCUAUGAGAUGAUGGAACCGACGAAAAAAUUUUCUCACGAAAGGAACUGUCGAUAUUCUUCAUAAAAUUGUUCAGAAAUUAAUUUUCUACUCGGAUUUUAUUGCAGUUGUGGAGAAGCUUUGCUCGAAAUCAUUGGUGAGGUACUGAACUAAGAUAAGUCGAAUGACCUCAUGAAUGUCUUCCUUAGAUUUCGGAAUAUUAUUGAAAAUAUGAGGGAAUUAUUAUAAAAUUGAAAUAAGGAAAAUAAAGAUAUAUUA